AUGGAGUUUUCGGAGCUCAACGUCUGCUUAGACUGCGCCAACAACUUCGAACAGAGUGCCAUCUGCCGAGCUCUCGCCAAGCACAGCGACAUUCAUACGAGUAUGAAUACAGUCACCUCAGUCAAGAACGUCGCCCACAAGAAUGUCAUCCUGAAGAUCAUCGAGGCCAUUCUCAACAGCACCCUCUCAUACUACCGGAACACCGUCUUCGACUUUGUCGGUAAUUGGGGCUCACUGAUUACGGGAUGGCAGCAAGCUCAUCGGCUGUGCCGCACGCAAUGGGACUUUGAUCACCUCGACCAGCCCGACGAGGAAGAGAAGAAGCCUGACGACGAAGAUGACUGGUAUCCGCGCUACGACAUGCAGCUCAAACCAGGAACUACGUACGCAGACUUGCAGUCGCUUAAGCCGCUGCUUGAACAAGCAGCUGGGUCCGAUGUUGGUGCUGAUGCCAGUUACGUCCCGGACAUGGGCGCAGCCUAUGUGAUGGAUGUCCACCCUCGACAAGUCGACCUCGUUCAGAUGCACCACGCAGUAGAUUUCGUUCGCUGCAUGGGCAUCUGGUCCAGGGCCUCCAAAGACCGCAAUGAUUCCUGGGCUCAGAGAACAUGUCUGGAUGAUGUAAGCAAGACCUGGAGCCCUCCUGCCACCGACAUCAAGGACGAUGACCCGCCACCAUCCGAGCCCACUUCGGAUUCCUCACAAUCACAAGCUUUCGACUACCAGAAACUUUUUUCCAUGAAGAAGGGAUUUGGCAUUACAAAAGAGGACAACCUUUAUUUCCAGAGUCCGCGUGACUUCUUCACCACGGGUGAUAAGUGGAUGUACUUCGACACUGAAGACCACUGGCUUGCAGCCUGGAAUGAGUGGACAACGAAGCUGAACAACCUUGGAGUCACCAUUGUUGUCGCCGCAGGAAAUAGGGGCCUCCAAUACACAGGAAAUGCACCUGACGCCUUCCUGGCAGAGACAUAUCCUCACAGGUGGAUCACCAAGAACAGCCCGUUUAUUCUCGUUGAGGGAGUGUAUGCCGACGGCAGCCUGUGGCCGAUGACGACGCCUGAUUCUCCACAAGCUGGUGUCAUUUCAACUGUCUAUGCCCUGGCUGAUGGAGUUUCAACCGGCAUUAUGAACGGCCAGGUGAUGGACAACGACGCUGGAACGAGCUUUUCAGCUCCUGCUGUGGCUGGCCUCGUUGCCAACUUCCUGACGUAUCCCUGGAAAGACGCCACCAACAACCCAUUCGAUCCAUCCGAUAACUCGAAGGGCAGCAUGGGCGAGCGGGUGAAGGCAGCACUCAUCCGCUGGUCCUAUCAGAGACUCCCGGACAACGAGCUCGCAAACAAGGUCAUGAGUGAGCGAGGCUGGAACACCUGGCAAGGGACUUUCCCUAUUCCUGAUCGUGUCAAUGUCGCCUAUAAUAUGGCCCAUGGUCCACAACGCUGCCUCCAGGUUCCCGACUUUCCCGCCGGAAUGUUCGAAGCCGGUUCGUGCCCCUUGGUAGCAGACCCUCCUUCCGAAGCGAGCCCGACUUACACCAGUGCCGUCUUCACCGACUAUAUCACAACUCUGUUAUCGACCAGCUAUAUUUCGGGCCCCACCGGGAGUCCGACAACAUCUGGUUCGACUGAGACUACAUCAGCAACGUCGAUGACCCGCCCGAGCUAG